AUGCGAGCAUUGCUGUUGAUCGGUCUGUUGUGCGCCGUGAGGGUCGAAUCGCAGUUUUGGAACAACCCCAAUUUUUUUCAGAACUGGUUUAGGCAACCGAAGAAUGAUUUGAAACGGGAAAUUACUACCAAAUCGCCCACUACUAUCACAACAACCAGGAAAUUGCAGGAAACAACUAGGACACUUCAGGAAACAACUACGAAAUUCGAGACUGUUACAAAAAUUCCGCCUACGAUUUCGUAUUCUGCGGAAACUACCCCUAGGAAGUUAACUACUAUCACUUCUACGGUUACUUCGACUGAUGGUAGUACCAUUUAUGAUACUACUAGUGACGUCACUGGCACCACAGAAGAGCCAAGGGAUAACAGCAGGACUCACGAUUUUUAUUUAAGCAAACGGGAGAGACCACAAAUUAAAAUUUCAACGAAUAUUAGUCAAUAUAAAAAUAUUGAAGUAUCGUCGGAAAAUGUUGGUACUCGUCAUGUUGGUAGAACAUCAGGUACGUCUCAAGUAACUCUUUUAAGGAUAACAAAUCUGCAAUACGCAAACGUCUCCGUGGCUUCGAAUUGGCCGAGAGUCUCAGAUUCUGAGAGCCCGAGUGUAGCGUGCAUAAAUAAAGCUGGUGAAGCAAAGAGAGAUAGCAGAUAG